AUGGUGACCGCGCAGGCAUCCAAGCUCCUCCGGGAGAUCGAGAGCGAUAUCGACGACACAUACAAACGCAUUGAAGAAGACGACAAGUACUACGCACUCAAGGGGAGGCUCCAAAAGCUAUGGGUUGUGCUCAACAGCCCGGAAAACCAAGGAACAUGUGAAAAACGCGAAAAUGACGCGCCCGGAAACACGCGUCGCAACACCGAGAGUAGGAGCCCAAGCAGGGGCAGGAACCUGAAGAAACCCGGCAAUAUCGACCUUCGCGGAAAAGCAAAGGCAGGACCGUCCCCUCCUCGCUCAGCGGCGCCAUCCUCGUCGCCAUGCUUUAGCAGUAACUCGGCGACGUCGGCCGUAGACUUACGACGGAGGAAAGCGAAGGGCUAA